AUGAAGACCUCACCACAACGCUCCCAAAACAUCACCCCCGAGCGAGCCAAACACCUCGAACGCAACCGCAUCGCCGCCAACAAAUGCCGCGAGCGCAAAAAGCGCGAACACAAACAAAUCGAGCGUCGUCUUAGCGACGAAGCAGAAAAGAAAGACCUCCUCAUCGCCCAACUGAACUGUCUCCGCGAAGAAGUCUGGGAUCUCAAGAAUAUCAUCUUCCAGCACAGCAAAUGCGACGACCAGCGGAUCAACGCCCAACUCGCCAAAAUGACCCAGAGCAUUCUCAACGGGCCCAUCGAUUCCCCGUCCAGUCCGGACACGAGCUCGCCCGUGUCGACGGGGACGUGGUCGGAUGAGUCGGUUGCAGAGGAUAAUGGGUUGGUUGCUACGGGCGCAUAUGGGUCUGAUUGGACGGUGUUACCCAAGGCCGCGAACGAUUUGGUUUAUGAGCCGAAUGGGUUGACUGAUUCGUUGUUUGAGAAUUUUAUCGAUGCGGAUUCUCUUUAUCCUUGA